AUGUCCUGUCGCAUCGAGCUGCGUGAUGACCACCUGGAGCAGCACUUUUCGGUCACCCACUUUGAGUGUUUUAAAUACAUGCGGUUCACGGCCGCACUUCACACUUACUUCGCCGUCAGUGACAUCAGCAACGUGAAGGUGGAGGGGCUGCAGGGCCUGACUUACUAUGACGGCACUGAUAAGUGGUGGAGCAAGAAGCGCGAGGAGGCGGCCGAGGUGGUGUUCGCGGGAGAGGUGGACCGCGCCUACAUAAAGGCACCGGACGUAAUCAAGAUCCACGACUCCGGGGCUCCGGGUGGAGGUCGAACCUACGAGGUACACAAACAGGGCUUCCCUGAUGCCGUACUUUGGAACCCCGGUGCGGAGCGUGCGGCCUCCAUCUCCGACCUGGGAGAUCCUGAGUGGCGGCGCAUGGUGUGCCUGGGGCCCGGAGUGGUGGUCCCGGAUCCUAGCCCUCGGCCUAGCCCGAUUUGA